CAGUCAUCCACAAAUUCGUUCAUCAUUCAUUACUUAAAUUUUCAUGAAUUACGGAUUACAUUUUAUGCCUAUUAAGAAAAUCACGUUAAUUAUCGAUGAUUGAUUAAUGUAAUUGUAAACUGCUUUAAUUUUAUUAUUAAUUUAAUUGAUUAAAAUAUGGCUACAAACGCUGAAGUAACCGGGCCAGUAUCUCAAGAGGAUAUAGAGGCAGCAGAAAAAUUGAAAAAUGAAGCUAAUGAAUUCUUUAAAAAGCAGAGCUACGAUGCUGCUAUCGAAUUAUAUACAAAAGCAAUAGAGAAGAACCCGAAUAAUGCGGUUUUCUUCGCAAAUAGGAGCAUAGCUAAUUUAAGAUUGGAAAACUUUGGGUACGCGCUCGUCGAUGCAUCCAUGGCAAUAGAUUUGGAUAAAAAUUAUACUAAGGCCUAUUAUAGGCGAGCGGCUGCUCACAUGUCUUUAGGAAAGUACAAAUUAGCCCUUAAGGAUUUUGAAUUUGUAACCAAAGUUAGGCCAAAUGACCAGGAUGCUAAGAUGAAAUAUAAUGAAUGUAAUAAGAUUGUUAAGAAAAUUGCAUUUGAAAAAGCAAUAGCCGUUGACAAGAAGGAAGUGAACAUAGCCGACUCUAUCAACUUAGAUGCUAUGACAAUUGAAGAUGAAUAUGAAGGACCAAUGUUGGAAGACGGCAAAGUAACUGUUAAAUUUAUUAAAGAUUUAAUUGAACAUUACAAACAAGAAAAACAUCUACAUAAGAAAUAUGCUUAUAAGAUCCUUAUUGAUGUGAAACAAUAUUUAAGCAAUCAGCCAACUCUUGUUGAUAUAAAAGUGCCUGAUGACAAAAAGUUCACAGUAUGUGGAGAUAUUCAUGGACAGUUUUAUGAUCUUAUGAAUAUAUUCAAGUUAAACGGACUACCUUCGGAAGAGAAUCCUUAUUUGUUCAAUGGAGACUUUGUUGACCGAGGAUCGUUCAGUGUUGAAUGCAUAUUUACACUGUUUAGUUUUAAACUUUUAUACCCCAACCACUUUUUCAUGUCGAGAGGUAACCAUGAAUCUUUAGAUAUGAACCGUAUGUACGGUUUCCGUGGCGAGGUUACAUUCAAGUACACCGCACAGAUGGCUGAUCUGUUCACGGAGGUGUACAACUGGCUCCCGCUGGCUCACUGCAUCAACGGCAGGGUGCUGGUGAUGCACGGGGGACUGUUCUCCAGCGAUGACGUCACACUCGAAGAUAUAAGGAACGUGGAUAGAAAUAAACAGCCACCGGAAGAUGGUAUAAUGUGCGAGCUGCUGUGGUCGGACCCGCAGCCGCAGGCGGGGCGCUCGCCGUCCAAGCGCGGCGUGGGCUGCCAGUUCGGGCCCGACGUGACGCACAGCUUCCUGCAGCGCAACUGCCUCGACUACAUCAUCCGCAGCCACGAGGUCAAGAGCGAGGGCUACGAGCUCGCGCACGACGCCAAGUGCAUCACGGUCUUCUCCGCACCUAAUUACUGUGACACGAUGGCGAACCUCGGAGCGUUUAUAACAAUGAAUGGGAAGGAUUUGAAGCCCAACUUCACCACAUACGAGGCUGUGCCUCAUCCAAACGUGAGACCUAUGACGUAUGCACACCCAUUCUUCAGUACUCUCGUCCAAUGAACGUCCUCCAUUCAAAGGAUAUCCACAUUUAUACCUAAAUGUUACAAAAACACAUCACAAAUGGAAUUCCAAUACGUUUGUAUGGAUUUGUAUGAAAUGUAUGGUCGAUGAAAAAUGUCACGUUUUUCCAAGGUACGUCUUUUAUGUGAUAUUCUGUCGGUUUUAAAUGUCGCUUAGUGUGGAUUGAUACUAAGGGACUAUUGAGUAUGUCCGGAGAGUUUUUUUUUUUACUUUUUUUUCCUACAUAUAUUUCAUAUUUUUAUCAAUAGUAUCUUGGAAUUUCUUGGUAAGUUAUAGUGUAACCAGAAAUAAAACAUUCCUAUUACAACGCAAUAUUUUUAAUAUUACGUUCUAUGUCGACGUCAGGUAGCACGAAAAUUUACGAGAAACUAUCCGACAUUGACAAAAUCUGUACUUUACGGCCGAUUGUUGCACAAAUCUUACAAAUUUUUUUCAAUGACGAAUACUUUGACGCAAAUUUUCGUGCUAGACCCUUAGUAUUUCUAACUUAUAUCGUCUACAUCUAAAGAUUAUAUGCCAUGGGUUUUUUAUUGAAAUUGUUGCCAUUAUAAAAACUAGCUGUUGCCCGCGAAUCUGUCUGAAGGAAUUGAAGACAAAAAGGUAGAGCCUAUGUUUUCUUCAAGAUUAUGCUCUAUGUCUAUGCCAAAUUUCAUCAAGAUCUGUCUAAAGACUACAAAUGCUAACAAACGUCCAUCUAAACUUUUGUAUUUAUAAUAUUGGUUAUGUCAAUUCCGAAAGUUUUAAAGAAAGGUGUUAUUCUGGUUACGCUAUAAAUAAAAAUUCGUAAUAUCAUCGACCAUAGAUAAUAUAAUAAUAAAUAACCACCGCGGCGUAGAGCCAGCCAUAAAUAAUUGCUCAUUCAUUUUUAAUUUCAAAUUCUCUGAAAUACUUGUAUUUGGACCAAAUUUUUCGCAUUAUUUAAAGGUCGUAAUAUUUCAAAAUAAAUUAAUUUAAUGAGAUUUUGUUAUUGACAAUUUUUAAUAACGUUGUAUCAAAUUUGAAUUUUAGUUCAUGUUUUUUUAUUUAGUUAACACUUGCCAGUUGUAAAAUCUCGAAAAAAAAUUGUAAAAUUUGUUAAAAAAAUUGAUGUUUUAAAAAUUAUGUUUUAUUUUUAUGUAAAAAGUACAUUAAAGAUUUGUACAAACGAAUGUGUUUAAAAUAUUCUGUUCGAGUAAAGGCGCAUGUGCGUAAUUCGGAAAAAAAAAUCAAACUAAAAAAAAUCUGAUUUUUUAUUGAUUUUAAACAUGAUUUGAUUCCAUAAAAAUGUCAAAUAUUUCUUUAUUUAUCUCUUUAAGAUUUUACUGUUAAAACUAUAACUCGUCAAAAUUUAUUAUUUUUUUCUUAUGUUCUUUUUUCGUAUUAAAAAUAAGCAAUAACAUAUUAUUAGACGAAAAUGUCAGAAAAAUAAUCUAGAACCAAGAAAAAUAUUUGAUCAAAGGUCCUCUAGAUGUGGCAUGCCAGUUUAAGUAUUUUUUACUUAAAGAAAAUUAAUUUUAAAAAAAUUAUUAAAAAUACGUGUGGUCGUUGUCGAUUUUUUGCCAUAAAAAACAAAAUAUUUAACAAAAAAAUUGACACACAUGUAACAAAAUCAAUUAAAACCCAUUUACAGUUUAAAAAAACUUAAAUGAAUUAUGAAUAUAUAUUUUUUUAAUUAAAAAUAAAAUAUCAGUUAGCAAAAAACCAUUGCUCACAAAAUUAUUGUAUUACAUUUUUAGUGUUCGAAAACGUAUAUAAAAUUAUAAUUUGUCUAUAUCCGUCUAAAUUGCUAAUUUCAUACGGACAUAGCAAAAAACACCAUGUUUCUGACCCAGUGGUUGCCAAGUGGUCUAAAAUCGACCACAAGCCAUCUUUUAAAUCCCUUUGCUGGCGUUUAUGUGAUAACCUAAAAAUAGACUUGCCCUCUAGACCCAGUCUAGACUGGGCCUACGCCAUCGGCCGGUGCACAUACUGUGCUAUAUCCAAAAAGAUUACAAAAAUUUUUGCAACUAAAAGCCUUAUAUGGGAAGAAUUUGACACUGAAAGUACUAAAAUUAGGCUUUUUAUAUUACUUAGGACUUAUCCAGGGUAAGUUCGUAGUCUUACGAUAGUUGUAGUGGCCUUAAUUAAAACACUGCCCAAACCGACACUUCAACCCAUUCGACUAUACGACGAAAAUAGUUACAUCUAAGUCCCCAUACGCAUGAGCGAUUUUACGCGCGUUAAAAAACGUUGAAAGAACAAAUGCGUGAUGUUUUUUAUCGCGCAGUUGAUACAAGAGUAGUUUUUAAACGUUUGUCGCUGAGCGUUAUUUUUACGCGGCGUCAAAAAAUCGCCCGGGCAUAUACCCUCUUAAGUGAUAACUCUUUUCGUCGGGUCGUGUGCUUAUUUCACUUGACUUGAAGCCAAAAUAGGGUUGUGAAUUUAUACAUAUGUAUGUAAAUUAUAAAAAAUCUGUUCGCCUUAAUAACCAAGAAAUUACAGUUUCACGUCAAUAGAUUUGCUUUGGAUUUUCACAUAUUUUUUUCUUGAUUUGGUGCUCCUUAUAACUUUUAUCAAAAUGAGAAUUAUGUCAAUUACAACUUAGUUUAGCAUACAUAAAGAAAUGGUCGAUUACGUAUGUAUUUUAAGACAAUAAUACGCGGGUUUCGAUAUAAUGUAAGCGAUUGGUGCUAAUGGAAUGCGGUAACUAUGUAUAGAAAAUUUGGCUAAGGGCCAUACACGGACUGUUUAGUACUCUCAGGACCUGUCCCACCACUGGCAGAUAGAGGCUAGAUAGCUUAAAAAGAGAAUAAAAUCAUUUCCAUCGCAUAUUUUACACGUUCGAUUAUUGUCUGACAAUUUACAAUUUGGUGGGACAGGCCCUUAAUAUUGCGUAAUAAAGUAUUUCUUGUAUAUCGACCGCAUUUUACGAUCUGUGUAUGUGUCCUUACAGCAAAAAAAAUUCAAUACCACAUAAAUGUGGGAGCGCCAAAUCAAAUGAAUUUCGAUUCCUGAGAUGUACAGAAGCUUUUGUCCUUGUCAUUCCCUUAGGAACGAAAGAGAUAAGAGAUAUUCAGCAGUGGAACAUAUUUACAAAACACAAUCUUUAUGAAAUUGUUACUCACGCCAUAAAAUUUACAACUACGUCUGUCCUUUUCAACAAUUCCUAUAUCCACAUCAGUCUGUUUCCACUAAGCGUAUAGACGUAACACGCCAGUGAUAAAUGCAAUUUAAUAAAACAAAGGCCGAACGCGUGAUCGCUUUGUGGAAAUAAAGGCUAAAUGUUGAAUCGCGGGCGCAGUUUGAAAGACACAUCUAGGAUUACUAAGUCCCUUUGCAACAAAAUAAGUCGUUUUGUGACUAAAAUCACAGAUUUGUGUAACUUUGCACGAAAGGGAUAACUGGUAUGAACUGGGUUAUGCAAACGUCAGUUGAGAACGCGCCCGCGUGAUUUUACAAGUUUCUACUCUAAUUGUAGUUAACAAAAUACCGGACUUGCUUAGAUUAAUACUGGCAAAGGAAGCGUUCACGUAUUCCGGGACCCAUUAGAUUUAGUAUGCAAUGAAUGAUUGUCAUAUGUCGAUGUUUGAGCCGAGCAUAUCAAAUGUAGAUAGGGUUUGGUGUUGAUGUAAUAAAAUUGUUAAAUUUAUA